GGGAUGUGGAUAAAUCGUGGAGAACACCCGCCAAUCAGAAUGCACCAAAAUAAAAUAACCAAAUCCCAAUCCUCAAUUCGGAGCAGGUCAAUUAUUCACUACUCCUGCCCAAAGACCAAAUCCCUCUUCAUUUCAACAGCGAAGAAAAAAACGAGCUCCAUUACCGACUAAACCCACAAACGCGGCUCUCCGCCUUCCUCCCUCCCUCCUCCUUCUUCUUCCCGGGAGUCGGCGCUCCGUUGAAGAGUCAGAAUUCAGCUUACUGAAAUACCUAGGGUUUCAGAUUCCGAUUCGGAGCCGGAGCGCCCUUACUUAGUUCGUUAUUACAUUUAAUAAUUUAACCGUCUCUGAUUUUUUUCCUCCCCUUCAAUUUUCCCCCCUCUGCCGGCUAAACAUGGCUGUUUCGAGCGGUCUCGCCACUACUCUGGCUGCUGCCAAGAUGGAAGCUUUCUCCUUGAAUUCUUCAUUGCCUCAGGCGUCCUCAUCUGGGUCGAUGUCUCUCCGGGCUUAUCUGGCUCCGUCGCAGCUCCGGCCGUUUCCGAACCCGGCUCGGAAUAACUUCCGGAGGAGGGCAAUGCUGAAAGGGGGUCUUAGAUGUGAGGUCGCUGCGUCUUCUUCUUCAGGGGAUGCUGUGGUUGAGACUGCCGAAAUUAACAUCGACCUCGACAGAGUUUCUAGCCUCUCUGCCCUUGAGCAGCUCAAGAUAUCCGCCUCUGAUAGAUACACAAAGGAGAGGGCGAGCAUCGUGGCUAUAGGACUGAGUAUCCACACUGCACCAGUCGAGAUGCGUGAAAAGCUUGCAAUCCCAGAAGCCGAAUGGCCACGAGCCAUUGCUGAACUCUGCAACUUGAACCAUAUCGAAGAGGCUGCUGUUCUCAGCACUUGCAACAGAAUGGAAAUAUAUGUCGUUGCACUCUCUCAACAUCGCGGGGUCAAAGAAGUCACCGAGUGGAUGUCCAAGACAUCUGGCAUCCCGGUUGCAGAAAUCUGUGAGCACAGAUUCUUGCUCUACAACAACGAUGCAACACGCCACUUAUUUGAAGUAUCUUCUGGUCUAGAUUCACUUGUUCUUGGAGAGGGUCAGAUUCUCGCUCAAGUCAAGCAAGUGGUAAAAGUUGGCCAAGGUGUAGUUGGGUUUGGAAGAAACAUCAGCGGGCUAUUCAAGCACGCGAUAUCGGUUGGUAAACGUGUGAGAACUGAGACGAGUAUCGCAGCUGGGGCAGUCUCAGUCAGCUCAGCUGCUGUCGAACUAGCUCUGAUGAAACUGCCUGAAUCUGCGCAUGCAACUGCUAGAAUGCUAGUGGUUGGGGCAGGGAAAAUGGGGAAGCUGGUGAUCAAGCACCUGGUGGCAAAGGGUUGCACAAAGAUGGUCGUCGUGAACAGAAGUGAAGAAAGAGUUGCAGCCAUUCGGGAAGAGCAUAAGGAUGAUGUGGAGAUCAUAUACAGGCCACUCACAGAUAUGUUCUCCUGUGCUGCUGAAGCCGAUGUGAUCUUCACUAGCACAGCAUCAGAUGUCCCGCUUUUUCUGAAAGAAGACGUGAAGGAUUUGGAAGGGUCGAGAUUCUUUGUCGAUAUCUCAGUUCCAAGGAACGUGGGGUCGUGUGUUAAUGAUUUGGAAAACGUUCGUGUGUUCAAUGUCGAUGACUUGAAGGAAGUCGUGGCGGCUAACAAGGAGGAUCGUUUGAGGAAGGCAAUGGAAGCUCAGGAGAUCAUAACCGAGGAGACGAAGCAGUUUGAAGCUUGGAGGGAUUCCUUGGAGACUGUACCCACCAUCAAGAAGCUGAGGGCGUAUGCAGAGAGAAUCAGAUUGGCUGAGCUGGAGAAAUGUCUAGCCAAGAUGGGGGAUGAUAUUCCAAAGAAGACGAGGAGAGCCGUGGAUGAUCUCAGCAGGGGGAUUCUGAACAAGCUAUUGCAUGGGCCGAUGCAGCAUUUGAGAUGCGAUGGUAGCGAUAGUCGGACUCUGAGUGAGACACUCGAGAACAUGCAUGCUCUUAAUAGGAUGUUCAGUUUGGAAACAGAAGUCGCCAUCUUGGAGCAAAAGAUUCGAGCCAAAACUAGCCAGAAGUGAAGCCGCCCCUGGAAACCAGGGAUACUUUUGAAGUUCCAGUUCUUCUGGGAAUUGAAAAACAAGAUGAGAGAUCAUUUCUCAAUUCAUUUCAAGUGUGGAGACAAUUUUCAACCUAUAUAUGUAAGUAAAAUUGGUAUGUUAAUGAGUUGAAGCUUGAAUGAUCUUGUGUUUGAAUCUGAUCUCUACAGCCAUGGCUGUGUACUACUUGUAUUAAGUUUGCCACUCAUGGUUUUUUCAAUAUAGAGAGUCCCUUCAUUCUUCUCUGUUGAUUAUGAAGUUGGUGUUGUCUUCUUUUUUUUUUUUUUUAUCAUUAGAUCUCUCAAAAUGAGGAUAGAGUUUGAAAGUUACAAUGACCAAGAACCCCUACAUCGCUGAGUGUUAGACAGGUAGGGUGACAAUAUAAGAACAUGGUGGGCUACCAAAUGAGCCGAUCUAUUGUAGUUUCGACCAACAAAA